CAGCAGGGAUUGUGUCACCCGGGCACAGGAGCAGCUCCAUCCUUCCCACACCCGAGCUCCUCCAGGAGCUCACACGGGCUGGUCCCGGUGCUGGGCAGCUGCAGCCCCGUGUGCUGCCCUGGCUGGUGCCCAGCAGCAGCUGCUUCUCCAUCGCUGCCAUCCCAAGGGAGGCUGCUGGGGGGCUGCUGCCUGUGCAGCCUCUGCAGGAGCUCAGCUUUCCUGGCUGCUGUGGGUGACGGUGUUGGCCAAGAGCUCUUGGGACAGUGCUGGGUUAACGGCUGGUGCUUCCCUUCACACUCAGCCUUGAGCCAGCCUGAGGAAAUGGGUGCCCAGAGUUCCCAGCUCCUUGGCCUGAGUGGGCACACCUGGGGAGUGCAAUGGAACCUCUGUUCUGUCACCCAUCUCUGCCCCACAGCUGGUUCCCAGCCCUCCUCCCUGCCCCCAGCUCGGUAUUGCUGGGGCAGAUGCUUCGGCCAAAAGGAAUAUCCACGCUGUCUCCUGGACCGGGCAGUGGCCAGGGGCAGCCCUGGUGUCCCACUGACCCUUCACUCCCUGCGGAGGGGCAGCUGCAGCGUGGCCGCACCGCCCCUGCACUCACGGUCUGUGGGUUUCAGCCCCUCUGCGGUUUGGGUUUCACUUCCCCUCCAGCCGAGGGUGACAGAACCGCUGUGAGACCCGGCUGAGUGGGAGCUGUCACCCCGGCCCGGCUGCGCUCCCGGCUCCCCAUCAGCCACGGCUCCCAGUGCCAGCAGCGAGCCCCCGCGGUGGCACGGAUGGCCCAGUCUUGCCCCGGGAGAAGGUGGGUGAGGGCUCCAGGCUGGGGGUGGCCAGGGGACACAUGGCUCUGGGGGCUCUGCCAGCGCUCCCUACCCACGCUCCCAGCGCCCUCCCGUCCCACCCUCACCCAAAGCCUCUCGCACAGCCGAAACCAGCGCUGCCGUCCUGGCACAGGGAGUCCCGUCGGCCCGGCCCUGGUGCCCAUCCAGCCCGGGAAGGACACGAGGUGGGUUCGGGGAGCCGGGCCGGGGAGCAGGAGCCCCCCGUGGGGCACAGGGAUGCGGCGUGGACCAGCACUGAGGUGCCCUCUGCUUCAACUUCCUUCCCAGCGUGGAGCCGAUUUCCUCCGGCAUCACGUGCACGGCUCGGCCUCGGGGCAGCCCCGCAGCGGCAGGCAGGAGGGUCCCGCGCACGGGAUCAUCCCCAGGUUAGCGCCCUUGUGUGAUCGUGCUCCAGGGCCGGGCCGUGCCAGGGGCCCGGGGGAGCUGCCGGCGAGGGGCGGGCAGGAUGCUGGGCACUUCUGGGCACUUCUGGGCACCAUCACCCUGUGCCAGCGGAGCCGAGGAGCACUGGGGCCUUGGACUGGGGUGUUCUCAUCCCUGCAGCCCUUGGUGCUUCAGCCUUGUCUUUGGGUGGGCAAUACCAGCACCAUUUCUGGUGUCUGCGAGGUCUCUGUGACAAGGGCUGUGCUGGUGGCAGCAGCAGGACUGCUGGCCCACCAUGGGGUCAACAUGGCCCACCACAGGGACAUGGUGGCCCUCCACAGGGACAGCAUGGCCAACCGUGGUGACAGGGGGGCCUGCCAUGGUGACAGAGUGGUCCAUCAUGGCCUGAUGUCCUGUAUCCCACCACGCCAGUGGGCUUGUCCUGCUGUGACCCCAGGGUUCAGCAGUUCAGGGAUGCUGCUGAGCCGUGGAUGGCGGCAGGAUGACACCCCGGUGGCAGGAUGACACCCUGCCCGUGCCGCAG